CUAUAUACAAGUAGUAUUCCCACUGUAAACUCAACAACAACAUGAAAUUUUUAGUUAUAUUUGCUGUGUUCCUCCUGCUGCAAGGAUCUUUAGGUCAGGAUAUUAAAGAAGACCUCUCUCAAGCCUCUCAAGUAGCCAACCAACAACGUUUAGUACGCUCUUUCGAUAAUCGUCGUUACGUGCAAGCCGAAGGCUCAUUGAAAUGUAAUUUUAUUUGUAAUCCUCUCGAUGUAACCGUGUGUGGUUAUAAUGGUCGUUGUUAUCGGGAAUUUGAAAGUCAAUGUGAAUUGACCAUCUAUAAUUGUUUGAAUACACAGAAAAUUUUCCAUAUUGUGGAUGAGACCAACUGUCAAAAUAUCAGUUUCCCAAAAUGUUUCCGCGGAGAUAUGUAAAUUUCUAAAUUUUAAAUAA